AUGCCUCGACCAGCAUCGAUAGAGAGAGCGGUAGCGUACUUACCUUAUGUCAAGGGGGUGACGGAUGUGAUUGGAAACUUGUUACGCCGAAGGUACAGCAUCAAGACAAUAUUCCGUCCUCUCACGCAGCUGCGACAAUUGCUUCGCUCUCCAAAGGACAGAGACCCUCUGGGGGUCCCCAGUGUCUAUAUGGUUCCCUGUGGCUGCGGCAAGUGUUAUGUCGGCGAAACGAGACGGAACGUGGCUACUAGGCUAGCUGAGCAUAUCCAAUUCAUGAAGAACCAAGAUGUCAAUGGAUCUGCGGCGGCAGACCCCUUUCUGAGCUCCGGUGCUGGUCAAUACAUUAGGUUUGAUAAAGCUAAGGUUUCAGCGCGGGAGAAGUAUUUUGUGCCCCUCAAAAUCCGGGAGGCUAUUCAAAUAAGUAGGCGACCAAAUUUUAAUAGAGACGGAGGCUGGAGCUUGCCAUCGAUCUGGAAGCCGCGUCUUCAUGGCGCUCGGUAUGCAGCUGCAGAUGUCAGUGGUAACGAUGUGGUGAGCUCUGUGUGCUGGAUGGACUGUUCCCAACAACAAUCCUACGGACAGCAGUAG